AUGCAGGUGCUGAUACCGCCUGGCACACGUAGUCCUUGUAUCAAUCGCCGGCUUGCAGUCCCACACCCUCGUCCCGCCAUUCUCCAAUCCCGCAAUCCAGAUCUCUCCGUCCCUCAGAUUCGUGCCCCCGGCGGCAAGGAGAGAUGCAAAUGGAGCACAAUUCCAGCCAGCCCUUACCACCGCAGCGGUUCUCGACCAACUCGACCCAACGCCGAGACCAGAAAUGCCAAUGUCAAUGUCUCCGUCGACGUUAGCUUCGACGAUGCCAACAGACCGAGAGCGAGCGACAAAAGAGGCCCUUCGGCUCCCGGAUCCGCAGCUCGUGGCCCGGCGACGCUGGUUCCGGGCGAUGCUCAAUCCAUCCAAGGCCGGUUCCCCCUCUCAGCCAUCAAAUCACCACCGCCCCACGUCUCAAUUGCAGCAGGCCUGCCUGAAGUACGCCGAAGGAAGCAGCGCAAGAGGCCAAAUAGGCGAGACAGCGAGCGGCCAGGUCCACGGCGUGCCGGUGCUUUGGGCUGGAAUGCUGGAAUGCUGGGCCGGCAACUGAGUACAUGGAGCUAUUUUCGGUUGCGACCUGGAGUCAUGCCGCACUCCCUUGCCGUUGACGCUGCUUCUCUUUGCUUUUCCGCUUCUCAUUUACCGGACCGGCCAAUGCUACCUGGUGCCCGAAUAACAGGUUAUACUUGCAUGCAGUUGGUGCCCUGCGGCGCGCGCGAUCUGCACAAAGCCCAUGAUGGCAACGGAUCGGUGGCACAUGGGCUUCUAGGCCGCCCCAGCCAUGUGGCCGCCAGACACCAAUUGAGCCUCCUUGCCACUGAGGACCCGAGGCCUUGCAUGCAGGCGAGACUAUUGCCCUUCUCCCUGCGGAUGGUGUCUGAUGGUCAUAAGCACUCGCAUUCAACGGCGUCCAAUCCGUCCUCUUGGCCGGCUCUCGCGCUACGGAACUCUUGCAUUCAGUGA